AUGCAGUUGUUGAGGAUCCUCUCACUUACCGUCAUGGGUAUGUUCCUUACCUUUGUCCUUUGGGAGACUGGCUCCAACAGGCACUCAUUGCCUGAUAUGAGAAUACCACAGCAGUUCUCUGGGGAUCUGCCUGGCUGCUUGGCUAUCAUCAGUGGAAAUGUGGAGGGCAAGAAAGGUGAUUUAGAAGUGCUUCUGGGAUCCAGGAAAAGACAGAAACUUUUAUCGGAGGACUUCUACUUGAACGUGACAAAGGACUGUCCAUCUUACAUUGUCAAGAGAGGUUUCAUCACAGAGCCUCUCAGUGAAGAGGAGAAGGAUUUUCCCCUCGCCUACUCCAUGGUGAUCCACGAGAAGAUUGAGAUGUUUGAGCGACUUCUACGAGCUGUUUACUCUCCUCAGAACAUCUACUGUGUGCAUGUGGACCAGAAAUCCUCUAAAGAAUUUCAGAAGGCUGUGGAGGCAAUCGUUUCCUGCUUUCCUAAUGUGUUUAUUGCCAGUAAAUUAGAAAGAGUCGUCUAUGCCUCAUGGUCCCGAGUGCAGGCAGAUUUGAACUGCAUGAAAGACCUUCUGGACUCACGCGUCCAGUGGAGGUACCUGCUGAACACCUGUGGGACAGACUUCCCCAUCAAAACCAACGGAGAGAUGGUUCAGGCACUGAAGGCCCUCAAUGGGAAAAACAGCAUGGAGACGGAGGCCACAAAUGACUACAAGAAAACCCGCUGGCUGUAUCACUACAAUGUAACGGACUCUGUAGUAAGGACAGAUGUGAAGAAGAGUCCUCCACUCAUUAGCAGCCCAAUGUUCACAGGAAAUGCUUACUUUGUGGUCACGAGAGCCUUUGUAAAACAUGUGAUGGAGGACAGAGAGGUUCAGCAACUCCUGGAGUGGGAGAAAGACACAUUCAGCCCUGAUGAGCACUUGUGGGCCACCCUACAGAGGAUGCCCUCUGUUCCUGGAUCAAUGCCUGCCAACGACAAGUACGACGUGUCAGACAUGCAAGCCCUCGCUCGUGUGGUGAAGUGGGGCUAUUUAGCAGGAGAUGUGAAAAACGGAGCCCCGUACUAUCAUUGCACUGGCACAUAUAGAAGAUCAGUUUGUGUGUAUGGAGCUGGGGACCUCCCGUGGCUCCUGAGACAACACCACCUCUUUGCAAAUAAGAUGGACCCUGAGGUUGAUGAUAUUGCUAUUAGAUGUAUGGAGUCAGUUCUGCGUUUCAAAGCUUUAGGCCAUGACCCACUGUUAAGGGACGAAUACUCCACUAUUUAA